AUGUUGAAAAGAAAACCAUCCAAUGUUUCAGAGAAGGAGAAACAUCAAAAACCAAAGCGCAGCAGCAGCUUUGGGAAUUUUGAUCGUUUUCGGAAUAAUUUCACAUCAAAACCAGAUGACUCAACUGAGGUAUGUGAAGGUGAACACAUAAAUGAAAAUGGAGAACAAAAAAAAACUUUAAAUAAUGAAGGAGGUUUGGGUAAAAAAAUGAGAGCUAUUUCCUGGACCAUGAGGAAAAAAAUGGGUAAAAAAUACAUAAAAGCCCUUUCUGAGGACAAGGAUGAGGAAGAUGGAGACGAUGCUCCCCAUUAUCGAAACAGUGACCCCAUGAUUGGGACCCACACUGAGAAGGUCUCCCUCAAAGCCAGUGACUCCAUGGACAGUCUCUACAGUGGACAGAGCUCAUCAAGUGGAAUAACCAGCUGUUCUGAUGGGAAUAGUAACCGGGACAGCUUUCGGCUUGAUGAUGAAGGUCCCUAUACGGGACCAUUCUGUGGUCGUGCCAGAGUACACACGGAUUUCACACCAAGCCCUUAUGAUACAGACUCUCUCAAAAUCAAGAAAGGAGAUAUCAUAGAUAUAAUUUGCAAAACACCAAUGGGAAUGUGGAGUGGAAUGUUAAACAACAAGGUGGGAACUUUCAAGUUUAUUUAUGUGGAUGUUAUCUCAGAAGAGGAAAGUGUUCCCAAGAAAAUAAAGCCACACCGGGGGAGUAAGAGAGAACAGCCAAAGACGCUACAAGAGCUUUUAGAGAGACUUCACCUUCAGGAAUACUCCUCAACACUCUUGCUCAAUGGUUAUCAGACCCUAGAAGAUUUAAAAUAUAUAAAAGAGAGUCAUCUUGUUGAAUUAAAAAUUGAAAAUGUAGAAGACAGGAUGAGGCUACUCUCGGCUGCUACAAAUCUCCUUGAUGAAGAACUUAUUCAAGAGCAAGGAAAUGAGCUUGUGUCCCUAAACGGAAACCCAGACAUCUUAAAUACGUCACAGCUAGAUGAGUGCCCGAGGGAUUCUGGUUGUUACAUCUCAUCAGAGAAUUCAGAUAACGGCAAAGAAGACCCGGAGACGGAACGUCUGCCGGACAUGGUACAGAAGAUUGCGAUCUCGGAGCCAAGUGACUAACCGCACCUUCUUCACUAUCGAUCGGCAGAUCCUUUCCGUUUUCAACUUCCUGAGCAGAAGAUCAAAUAAGACAGGACAAUUUGUAAAUACAACUCAGAGUUAACAUGCUUUAGUCUGAACGAUUGUAUAUAAAGUUUUGCACUGUUAACAUUUCCCAUUAUUGUAAAUAACUUUUAUUUUAAAUGCUUGGUGUUAAUAUCUUACUUGCUUGUAUUAGAAAGAUGCAGUGUAAAGACAGUGUUUUGAUAUGUGCAACAUAUGCUUUAUUUACAUUCUCUUAUAAGAAAAAAAGAUAAAAUUUGCUCCAAAGAAAACAAACCAAAUGCACAACUACUUACAACCUCCAUAUUGUGCCUGCCAGUUUUGAAUCACUUCAUUUAAUACAUAGAAAUAUUAAGCAGGUCUCUGUUUAAUUCGUUUUUCCUGGAAGCACCUAUAUUCAUUUUUAUAUUUCCUGUGAAGCUGUAAGUUAAUAUUGAGACAUUUCAUUUUGACCCACUGUAGAGUUUGGAUGAUGCUAUUGAUGUCUUUACUCUGUCACCAAGUAUAAAAUACAAAUAACUGUAUUUGCCAACUUGAUUUGGUAGGACUAGUUGUAAUAGUCGUGCACAAAUUUAUCUUUAAAUUCAAAUGUGCUUAAUUCUUAAAUACCCUUCUUUUACUAAUUAAAAUACUUAUGCACAUAUUUCA